ACCAACCCAGUCACCCCUCAGGGUCGCGCGGGAAGAGGAAGGGGGGCGUGGGACGAGUAGUCGGGUCGCGCGCCCACCACAUCUAGCCGGGGGACCAGGACCUGGUGGCACGAACCCUCCCUUCUCUCAGCCUUUCGCGGUCGGGUGAUGGGGGGGCUCCCUGACGGGCUUGGAUGACGAGCUUCCCAGCCCCGCGACCCUUGUGUGCGUGGGCUAGGGUUCUGGCGGGAGCCCCCGGGCCGUGCGCGCAGCCGGCUCGCUCCGCCUCCAGCCGCGCACGCGCGGGCCCCUCCCCCGCCCGGCGCGCACGUUGGGUGGGGUGGGAGUCUGGAGGGGGCGGGGCUAUCUCAUGGCUAGUGGCAACUUGGGCAGAGGUCAGGGGUCACGCGAGGUCAGUCCGUCGGGAGGGCUAGGGAGAUGGUCACGAAACCUGAAGUCAAGAGUUAAGGCUUGUUGGCUUCUGGUGUGAUUCCCUUCAGUACGGCGGCACCGUGGAAGUGCAGACUUUCACAGGGGGUGUGGUCUCAGCUCACACAGGUGCUCCAGAGGCUGGUGGACCUGAGCGGAGGCUGGGACGCCCUGGUGGGCCCCGGGCCCUGGAAGGCGGGUCCCGGUGGCCGGUGGCCCAGAAUGAGGCCAGCUCCCAGCAUGCCCUGCAGCCGGACGCCAGCCCCUCGGCCAGCAGCAGUGGUGAUAACGACCCAGUCAUUCUUCAGGCAUCCAAGGGGGAGCCUGGGAGUGGGACCAUGCAGAGCAGCCCCUCCCCUGCUCACCCUCAGCUCCCAGUCCUACAGACACAGAUGGUGUCGGACGGCAUGACAGGCAGCAAUCCUGUGUCCCCUGCCUCAUCCAGUUCCCCAGCCUCUAGUGGGGCAGGCGGCAUCUCCCCGCAGCACAUAGCUCAAGAUUCCUCACUGGAUGGACCUCCAGGCCCCCCAGAUGGUGCCACAGUGCCCCUGGAGGGGUUCAGCUUAUCCCAGGCUGCUGACCUGGCUAACAAGGGCCCGAAGUGGGAGAAGAGCCAUGCCGAAAUUGCAGAACAGGCCAAGCAUGAGGCCGAGAUCGAGACUCGGAUUGCUGAGCUGCGGAAGGAGGGUUUCUGGUCACUGAAGAGGCUGCCUAAGGUGCCAGAGCCCCCUCGCCCCAAAGGUCACUGGGACUAUUUGUGCGAAGAGAUGCAGUGGCUCUCUGCUGACUUUGCUCAGGAGCGCCGUUGGAAACGGGGUGUGGCCCGGAAGGUGGUGCGCAUGGUGAUCCGGCACCACGAGGAGCAGCGGCAGAAAGAGGAACGGGCCCGGAGGGAGGAGCAGGCCAAGCUGCGUCGAAUUGCUUCCACAAUGGCCAAGGAUGUCAGGCAGUUCUGGAGCAAUGUGGAGAAGGUGGUGCAAUUCAAGCAACAGUCCCGGCUUGAGGAAAAGCGCAAAAAAGCCCUGGACCUGCAUUUGGACUUCAUUGUGGGGCAAACUGAAAAGUACUCGGACCUUCUGUCUCAGAGCCUCAACCAGCCAUUAACCUCCAGCAAAGCAGGCUCUUCCCCUUGCCUAGGCUCUUCGUCAGCUGCCUCCAGUCCUCCACCCCCUGCUUCUCGCCUGGAUGAUGAAGAUGGGGACUUUCAACCCCAAGAGGAGGAGGAAGAGGAUGAUGAGGAAACGAUUGAAGUUGAAGAACAACAGGAAGGCAACGAUGCAGAGGCUCAGAGGCGUGAGAUUGAGCUGCUUCGCCGUGAGGGAGAAUUGCCACUGGAAGAGCUGCUCCGUUCCCUUCCCCCUCAGCUGUUGGAAGGGCCUUCCAGCCCCUCUCAAACCCCCUCAUCUCAUGAUAGUGACACCCGAGAUGGGCCUGAAGAAGGUGCUGAAGAAGAGCCCCCUCAGGUGUUGGAGAUAAAGCCCCCACCGUCUGCUGUCACACAGCGCAACAAACAGCCUUGGCAUCCAGAUGAAGAUGAUGAAGAGUUUACUGCCAACGAAGAGGAAGCGGAGGAUGAAGAGGAUACUAUAGCAGCUGAGGAACAGUUGGAAGGGGAGGUGGAUCAUGCCAUGGAGCUGAGCGAGUUGGCUCGAGAAGGUGAGCUUUCCAUGGAGGAGCUAUUGCAGCAGUAUGCAGGAGCCUAUGCCUCAGGCUCUGGGAGCAGUGAAGAUGAGGAUGAAGAUGAGGUUGAUGCUAAUAGCUCUGACUGUGAACCAGAGGGGCCCGUGGAAGCGGAAGAGCCUCCUCAGGAGGAUAGUAGCAGUCAGUCAGACUCUGUGGAGGACCGGAGUGAGGAUGAGGAAGAUGAACAUUCAGAGGAGGAAGAAACAAGUGGAAGUUCAGCAUCAGAGGAAUCUGAGUCUGAAGAGUCUGAGGAUGCCCAAUCACAGAGCCAAGCAGAUGAGGAGGAGGAAGAUGAUGAUUUUGGGGUGGAGUACUUGCUUGCCAGGGAUGAAGAGCGGAGUGAGGCAGAUGCAGGCAGCGGGCCUCCUACUCCAGGGCCCACUACUCUAGGUCCAAAGAAAGAAAUUACUGACAUUGCUGCAGCAGCUGAAAGUCUCCAGCCCAAGGGUUACACGCUGGCCACGACCCAGGUAAAGACGCCCAUUCCCCUGCUUCUGCGGGGCCAGCUCCGGGAGUACCAGCACAUUGGGCUAGACUGGCUGGUUACCAUGUAUGAGAAGAAGCUUAAUGGCAUUCUUGCUGAUGAGAUGGGGCUUGGGAAGACCAUCCAGACCAUCUCUCUGCUUGCCCACUUGGCUUGUGAGAAAGGUAACUGGGGUCCCCAUUUAAUCAUUGUUCCCACCAGCGUGAUGUUGAACUGGGAGAUGGAGUUGAAACGUUGGUGCCCCAGCUUUAAAAUCCUCACUUACUAUGGAGCCCAGAAAGAGAGGAAGCUCAAGCGGCAGGGCUGGACCAAGCCCAAUGCCUUUCAUGUGUGUAUCACGUCUUACAAGCUGGUGCUGCAGGACCACCAGGCCUUCCGUCGCAAGAACUGGCGCUAUCUCAUUCUGGAUGAGGCGCAGAACAUCAAGAACUUCAAGUCACAGCGCUGGCAGUCACUCCUCAACUUCAACAGCCAGAGACGCCUGCUCCUGACAGGAACUCCCUUGCAGAACAGCCUCAUGGAGCUGUGGUCCUUGAUGCACUUUUUGAUGCCCCAUGUCUUCCAGUCUCAUCGCGAGUUCAAGGAGUGGUUCUCUAAUCCCCUAACUGGCAUGAUUGAGGGCAGCCAAGAGUAUAAUGAAGGUCUAGUCAAACGCCUCCACAAGGUUUUGAGGCCUUUUUUACUGCGCCGAGUUAAGGUGGAUGUUGAGAAGCAGAUGCCCAAAAAGUACGAGCAUGUUAUCCGCUGCAGGCUCUCCAAGCGUCAACGCUGUCUCUAUGAUGACUUCAUGGCACAGACCACAACUAAGGAGACACUAGCCACAGGCCAUUUCAUGAGCGUCAUCAACAUUUUGAUGCAGCUGAGAAAAGUUUGCAAUCAUCCAAAUCUGUUCGACCCUCGACCGGUUACCUCCCCUUUCAUCACCCCAGGCAUCUGCUUCAGCACCGCCUCUCUGGUGCUAAGGGCCACGGAUGUCCAUCCCCUCCAGCGGAUAGACAUGGGUCGAUUUGACCUUAUUGGCCUGGAAGGUCGUGUCUCUCGAUAUGAGGCAGACACAUUUCUGCCCCGGCACCGCCUCUCUCGCCGGGUACUGUUAGAAGUGGCUACUGCUCCUGACCCCCCACCCCGGCCCAAGCCAGUCAAGAUGAAGGUCAACAGGAUGCUGCAGCCAGUACCUAAGCAAGAAGGCCGGACAGUGGUGGUGGUGAACAACCCACGGGCGCCCCUGGGCCCUGUCCCAGUUCGACCUCCUCCAGGUCCUGAGCUCUCAGCCCAGCCCACCCCUGGCCCAGUCCCCCAAGUGCUGCCAGCACCACUGAUGGUUUCAGCCUCACCUGCCGGGCCCCCGCUUAUUCCUGCAUCUCGGCCUCCUGGCCCUGUCCUCUUGCCUCCACUGCAGCCCAGCAGUGGUUCUCUCCCCCAGGUGUUGCCAUCCCCCCUGGGGGUCCUGAGUGGGACCUCACGGCCUCCCACGCCAACCUUGUCCCUAAAGCCAACACCACCUGCCCCAGUUCGCCUGAGCCCAGCCCCACCUCCAGGCUCCUCUAGCCUGUUGAAGCCCCUGACAGUGCCGCCAGGCUACACCUUCCCUCCUGCUGCUGCCACCACCACUUCUACCACCAUGGCAACUGCUACCACCACAGCAGUGCCAGCUCCGACUCCUGCACCACAGCGCCUCAUUCUAUCUCCCGAUAUGCAGGCUCGCCUGCCCUCAGGCGAAGUGGUCAGCAUCGGGCAGUUAGCCUCACUGGCACAACGUCCAGUGGCUAAUGCAGGGGGAAGCAAACCUCUCACCUUCCAAAUCCAGGGCAACAAGCUGACUUUGACUGGUGCCCAGGUGCGCCAGCUUGCUGUGGGGCAGCCCCGCCCGCUGCAAAGGAAUGUGGUGCACCUCGUGUCAGCAGGGGGGCAGCACCAUCUCAUCAGCCAGCCUGCCCAUGUGGCCCUCAUCCAGGCCGUGGCCCCGACCCCUGGCCCUACCCCUGUCUCUGUGCUGCCUUCUUCGACCCCCAGCACCACCCCUGCCCCUACUGGCCUCAGCCUUCCGCUUGCUGCUAACCAGGUGCCACCAACCAUGGUGAAUAAUACAGGCGUGGUGAAGAUUGUAGUGAGACAAGCCCCUCGGGAUGGACUGACUCCUGUUCCUCCAUUGGCCCCAGCACCCCGGCCUCCGAGCUCUGGGCUUCCAGCUGUGUUGAAUCCACGCCCCACGUUAACCCCUGGCCGGCUACCCACACCUACUCUGGGUACUGCUCGAGCCCCCAUGCCCACACCCACUCUGGUGAGGCCUCUUCUCAAGCUGGUCCACAGUCCUUCACCUGAAGUCAGUGCUUCAGCCCCCGGAGCUGCCCCCUUGACCAUCUCUUCUCCUCUCCACGUGCCAUCCUCACUCCCUGGGCCAGCCUCUUCUCCAAUGCCAAUUCCCAACUCCUCUCCCCUUGCUAGUCCUGUGUCCUCUACAGUCUCAGUUCCAUUGUCAUCUUCACUCCCCAUCUCUGUCCCCACCACACUUCCUGCCCCAGCCUCGGCUCCACUCACCAUCCCCAUCUCAGCCCCCUUGCCUGUUUCCGCUUCGGGCCCAGCUCUGUUGACCAGUGUGACUCCACCAUUGGCACCUGUUGUCCCAGCGGCUCCUGGACCUCCCUCCUUGGCACCAUCUGGUGCUUCCCCGUCAGCAUCAGCCUUGACUCUAGGUUUGGCCACAGCUCCAUCCCUGUCUUCAUCUCAGACGCCUGGUCACCCUCUGUUGUUGGCUCCCACCUCUUCACAUGUUCCAGGGUUGAACUCAACCGUGGCCCCAGCAUGCUCACCUGUCCUGGUGCCAGCUUCGGCUCUGGCCAGUCCUUUUCCGUCAGCACCAAAUCCAGCUCCAGCUCAGGCUUCCCUUCUGGCUCCAGCAUCUUCUGCAUCUCAGGCUCUAGCCACCCCUCUGGCUCCUAUGGCGGCUCCACAGACAGCAAUUCUGGCUCCUUCUCCAGCUCCUCCUCUGGCUCCUCUUCCGGUCCUGGCACCAUCGCCAGGUGCUGCUCCUGUCCUGGCUUCAUCACAGACUCCGGUUCCAGUUAUGGCUCCAUCGUCUACUCCAGGAACCUCUUUAGCCUCAGCUUCACCGGUACCAGCUCCAACCCCUGUGUUGGCUCCAUCAUCAACUCAAACUAUGCUACCAGCCCCGGUUCCGUCACCUCUCCCGAGCCCGGCUUCUACGCAGACACUGGCCCUAGCCCCAGCUUUAGCACCCACUCUUGGAGGCUCAUCUCCAUCUCAGACACUCUCUUUGGGAACGGGGAACCCCCAGGGACCCUUUCCAACUCAGACAUUGUCAUUAACUCCAGCAUCAUCCCUGGUACCAACUCCAGCCCAGACACUGUCUUUGGCACCAGGACCACCACUGGGUCCAACUCAGACGCUGUCUCUGGCUCCAGCACCCCCUCUGGCUCCAGCUUCUCCAGUGGGCCCAGCCCCAGCUCACACGCUGACUUUGGCUCCAGCAUCGUCAUCUGCUUCACUCCUGGCCCCAGCUUCAGUGCAGACACUGACCUUGAGCCCUGCCCCAGUUCCUACCCUGGGCCCGGCCGCAGCUCAGACCUUGGCGCUGGCCCCAGCCUCCACACAGUCCCCAGCUUCCCAGGCAUCUUCCCUUGUGGUUUCGGCAUCUGGUGCCGCUCCCUUGCCUGUCACCAUGGUAUCCCGGCUGCCUGUUUCCAAGGACGAGCCUGACACACUGACAUUGCGCUCUGGUCCCCCCAGCCCUCCCUCCACUGCUACCUCGUUUGGUGGCCCCCGGCCUCGACGCCAGCCCCCCCCACCACCUCGUUCCCCUUUUUAUCUGGACUCCCUGGAGGAAAAGCGGAAGCGGCAGCGGUCUGAACGCCUGGAACGGAUUUUCCAACUUAGUGAGGCUCAUGGGGCCCUGGCACCUGUGUAUGGGACUGAAGUCCUGGAUUUCUGUACCCUGCCCCAACCUGUUGCCAGCCCCAUCGGCCCUCGUUCUCCUGGCCCCAGCCACCCCACCUUUUGGACUUAUACAGAGGCUGCCCACCGGGCUGUACUGUUUCCCCAGCAGCGACUAGACCAGCUGUCAGAAAUCAUUGAGAGGUUCAUCUUUGUCAUGCCUCCUGUGGAGGCACCUCCCCCUUCCCUGCAUGCCUGCCACCCACCUCCUUGGCUGGCCCCACGUCAGGCAGCCUUCCAGGAGCAAUUGGCCUCUGAGCUCUGGCCCCGGGCUCGUCCUUUGCACCGUAUUGUGUGUAACAUGCGCACCCAGUUCCCUGACUUGAGACUCAUCCAGUAUGAUUGCGGAAAGUUGCAGACGUUGGCAGUGCUGUUGCGGCAGCUCAAGGCAGAGGGCCACCGAGUGCUCAUCUUCACCCAGAUGACCCGAAUGCUGGAUGUAUUGGAGCAGUUUCUCACCUACCAUGGCCAUCUCUACCUGCGCCUGGAUGGAUCUACUAGAGUUGAACAGAGACAGGCCUUGAUGGAACGGUUCAAUGCAGACAAACGCAUAUUCUGCUUCAUCCUUUCAACUCGGAGUGGGGGUGUGGGCGUGAACCUGACAGGAGCAGACACUGUUGUUUUUUAUGACAGCGACUGGAAUCCCACCAUGGAUGCUCAGGCCCAGGACCGCUGUCACCGAAUUGGCCAGACCCGGGAUGUCCACAUAUAUAGGCUUAUCAGUGAACGGACAGUGGAGGAGAACAUCCUAAAAAAGGCAAAUCAGAAGAGAAUGUUGGGGGACAUGGCCAUUGAGGGAGGCAACUUCACCACAGCCUAUUUCAAACAGCAGACCAUCCGAGAGCUGUUUGAUAUGCCCCUGGAGGAACCUUCUAGCUCAUCCGUGCCCUCUGCCCCUGAAGAGGAGGAAGAGACUGUGGCCAGCAAGCAGACUCAUAUUCUGGAGCAGGCAUUGUGUCGGGCAGAAGAUGAAGAGGAUAUCCGUGCAGCCACCCAGGCCAAGGCUGAACAGGUGGCUGAGCUUGCAGAAUUUAAUGAGAACGAUGGGUUUCCUGCUGGUGAGGGAGAGGAAGCUGGCCGGCCUGGGGCUGAGGAUGAGGAGAUGUCCCGGGCUGAGCAGGAAAUUGCUGCCCUCGUAGAACAGCUGACCCCCAUUGAGCGCUAUGCCAUGAAAUUCCUGGAGGCCUCACUGGAGGAGGUGAGCCGAGAGGAGCUCAAACAGGCAGAAGAGCAAGUGGAAGCUGCCCGCAAAGACCUGGACCAAGCCAAGGAGGAGGUGUUCCGCCUACCCCAAGAGGAGGAGGAGGGGCCGGGGGCUGGGGAUGAGAGUUCUUGUGGGACUGGUGGAGGCACCCACCGGCGCAGUAAAAAGGCCAAAGCCCCUGAGAGGCCAGGGACUCGUGUCAGUGAGCGUCUUCGUGGAGCCCGGGCUGAGACUCAAGGGGCAAACCACACUCCUGUCAUAUCCGCCCAUCAAACUCGCAGCACCACCACACCACCCCGCUGCAGUCCUGCCAGGGAGCGAGUUCCCAGGCCAGCACCUAGGCCUCGACCCACUCCAGCUUCAGCUCCGGCUGCAAUUCCUGCCCUUGUUCCUGUCCCAGUUUCUGCCCCAGUACCCAUUUCAGCCCCAAAUCCAAUAACCAUUCUCCCUGUCCAUAUCUUGCCUUCUCCUCCCCCUCCUUCACAGAUUCCUCCUUGUUCUCCUGCCUGCACCCCUCCUCCUGCCUGUACCCCUCCACCAGCUCAUACACCGCCUCCAGCCCAAACCUGUCUUGUAACUCCUUCCUCUCCUCUCUUGCUUGGUCCACCUUCUGUGCCCAUCUCUGCCUCAGUCACUAAUCUCCCCUUGGGCUUGAGGCCUGAGGCAGAGCUAUGUGCCCAGGCAUUGGCAUCUCCAGAGUCCCUGGAGCUGGCUUCUGUGGCCAGUUCAGAAACCUCCUCACUUACUCUUGUGCCCCCUAAAGAUGUGUUGCCAGUUGCUGUGGAGAUCCUGCCUGUGUCAGAGAAGAAUCUUUCUCUCACCCCUUCUGCACCCAGCCUGACCUUGGAGGCUGGCAGCAUCCCCAGUGGUCAAGAGCAGGAGGCACCAGAUUCUGCUGAGGGGACCACCCUUACAGUGCUGCCUGAAGGUGAGGAGUUGCCCCUGUGUGUGAGUGAGAGCAAUGGCCUGGAGCUCCCACCCUCAGCAGCAUCUGAUGAGCCACUUCAGGAGCCAUUGGAGGCUGACAGGACCUCGGAAGAGCUGGCAGAGGCCAAGACCCCAACCUCCAGCCCAGAGAAGCCACAGGAACUCGUUACAGCUGAGGUUGCAGCUCCAUCCACCUCAUCUUCAGUCACUUCCUCUCCUGAGGGUCCUUCACCUGCCCGACCUCCUCGGCGUCGCACCAGUGCUGAUGUGGAAAUCAGGGGUCAAGGGACUGGUCGGCCAGGACAACCACCAGGCCCCAAAGUGCUUCGAAAGCUGCCAGGACGGCUGGUAACUGUGGUAGAGGAAAAGGAACUGGUGCGGCGGCGGCGGCAGCAGCGGGGAGCUGCCAGCACCCUAGUGCCUGGGGUCUCUGAGACUAGUGCCAGCCCAGGAAGCCCGUCUGUCCGCAGCAUGUCAGGGCCAGAAUCCUCCCCUCCCAUUGGUGGGCCCUGUGAAGCUGCUCCUUCAUCCUCACUGCCCACUCCACCCCAGCAGCCCUUCAUUGCUCGCCGUCACAUUGAGCUGGGGGUGACUGGUGGUGGCAGCCCCGAGAAUGGAGACGGAGCACUGCUCGCCAUCACCCCCCCUGCUGUGAAACGUCGGAGGGGGAGGCCCCCCAAGAAGAACAGGUCUCCAGCAGAUGCUGGGAGAGGUGUGGAUGAGGCACCCUCAUCCACCUUGAAGGGAAAAACCAACGGGGCUGACCCAGUCCCUGGGCCUGAGACCCUAAUUGUUGCAGAUCCUGUCCUGGAACCACAGCUUAUUCCUGGGCCCCAGCCUCUUGGACCCCAGCCAGUUCACAGACCCAAUCCCCUCCUGUCACCUGUGGAGAAAAGAAGGCGAGGGCGACCCCCUAAAGCACGAGAUUUGCCCAUCCCUGGGACCAUUUCCUCUGCAGGGGAUGGCAACUCCGAAAGUCGGACACAGCCACCCCCACACCCAUCACCCCUAACCCCACUCCCACCACUGCUAGUUUGUCCCACUGCUACUGUUGCCAACACUGUCACCACUGUCACCAUUUCAACGUCCCCACCCAAACGGAAGAGGGGCCGACCUCCCAAGAAUCCUCCAUCACCUCGGCCCAGCCAGCUCCCUGUCUUGGACCGUGACAGCACUUCUGUUCUCGAGAGCUGUGGAUUGGGGAGGCGACGGCAACCCCAGGGCCAAGGGGAGAGUGAGGGUAGUUCCUCUGAUGAGGAUGGAAGCCGCCCCCUCACCCGCCUGGCCCGCCUUCGGCUUGAAGCAGAAGGAAUUCGAGGACGGAAGAGUGGAGGGUCCAUGGUGGUGGCUGUAAUUCAGGAUGACCUGGACUUAGCAGAUAGCGGGCCAGGCGGGUUGGAAUUGACACCUCCUGUGGUCUCACUAACCCCAAAACUGCGCUCGACCCGGCUGCGUCCAGGGUCUCUAGUCCCCCCACUAGAGACUGAGAAGUUGCCUCGCAAACGAGCAGGGGCCCCAGUUGGUGGGAGUCCUGGGCUGGCAAAGCGGGGCCGCCUACAGCCCCCAAGUCCCCUGGGGCCUGAGGGUUCAGUAGAGGAGUCUGAGGCUGAAGCCUCAGGUGAGGAGGAGGAAGGGGAUGGGACCCCACGCCGACGUCCUGGCCCCCGCCGGCUUGUUGGGACCACCAACCAAGGGGACCAGCGCAUCCUGCGCAGCAGCGCCCCUCCCUCCCUGGCUGGCCCUGCUGUUAGUCACAGAGGCCGCAAGGCCAAGACGUGAGUGGGCUGCCCCUCCACCUAGGCUUUCCACCGUGGCCGCUCCCUCCAUGACCAGGCCUGACUCUGUUAACCACUACUUGAAGUCUUGAGGGGGAAAGCCUCCAGGGAGACAUAGGGGCCUUCUCCCUUCUUCCCACCAAAGUAGGGGGUAGGCAACUGGUUGUCAUGGAAAUGGGGAUCAUCACAGUCCCCUUCCCCUUCACCCCACGUGGCUGGGCAGUGUUAAGGGUGGCAAGAUAGUCUCUGUCCCCACCCCCUUGUACUUGAUUCCCCAGCUGUCUUUCACACAGCCCCCCACCCUUAGGGGAAGGGGGAGGGGCUUCUCUACAAUGAGGUUUUUUUCUUUUUUUUUUUUUUAAGAAGAAAAAAUAAUAAACUUAGUUUCUGUACGAGCA